AUGGCGUCGCAGCAGGUUAUCUUUGCCGAGACCAUCGCCGGCAUGAAGAAGGCCUUCAAGCGGAGGGCCUAUGAGUCUGACUCCGACUCGGAGAUCGACAGCUUCACUAAUCGCGGCAACAAACUUAAGAAGAGGGCGCGUUUCGCACACAAGGGGCAAUUGAUGCCCACGGCAGGGCCUGGAGCCUACAAGGAGUCUGUCGAGUACGCCGGUGUUCAAAGGUCCAUUAUCCAUCGCAACCCUCCCUUGGUCGACGAUGACGGCUACGAGUUCGACAGCGACGACGACGAGUCCCGCGUCGAGGAGGCCAUACUGUCAGCUGCAGAGCUGAAUCCAUAUGCAAACAUCCGCUUGGAACACAUCCUUGCGCCCCUCACUGCUUCAACCGACCUCCCAACCCAUCCCGUCUUCUCCAAGCCCUUCACCUCCCAUACCCUCACCGAGCUAGUCAAACAAAGUUCUGGCAUAAUGCAAAAGGAAAACCGGUCGUUGUGGCAGGUUCGGCAUUUAUGGACCUCGCUCUGCGGCGAUUCUACUUGGGUGCCGUGUUCGACCAUGGUCGGCACCAACGACAUCGAUUUUUAUACUAAAAACAACGAGGCUCACCCGCCUCAAGAUCUCUCCAAGGCGGGCGAUAACGUGUCUUCACCAUCCAACGUGAAUGGCGAGAAGAAGCCUGAUGCGUCCGCGCCUCAUACUGCCGGCACAAAUGAACCGGCAAAAUCAGACGAGAAGUGCGCCGCUGCUUCAGCAGAUGCCGACGUGCCCAUGGGCGAUGCCGAAUCACCUGGGAAGAGAAAAACACCUCCCAAGCAGGAUGAGGCAAUGGAAACAGAUGACGCAGUUCCCAAGGAGCAGUCUGAUGAAACACAAGACGCGAAAAAAGAAAACGGCAAAAGCACACCUAAUGGCGACACUGGGAGAAAUACAAACGGCAGAGAGCCAUCAAACGAAAAUACAAGUCAAGGUCGCAAAAAGGGAAGCCGGCUACCUAGCGAAGACGUCCAAAUGCAGGACAGCGUUGAACAAGCAAACAAGACUUCCCAAGAAAACCCAGAAGCCAAGCAGGACGCGGAGGCUUCAUACAUCCACCCAAUGUUCCUGCCGCCUUCAAAUGCCUCGCUCGAUCGGAACCUCGGCUUACCAGACGCUGAAGCCGAAGACAUCAGGCGGCUCCUUGCCUUGUAUGUGCAGAAGCAAGAAGAGGUCUGUCGAGGGGCUGCGAGACUGCACAUGGGUCUGCUGAGGGCGCAAAGGCUCCGUAAAGAUGUGCUGGACUGGUCAAAAGCAGAGGCACACUGCGGCCCAAAUCGAGACAUGUCAGAUGGCGAAGACUGGUACGACAAGGAGGAAUGGGGCCUGACAGAGGACCUCAAGAAGGGCCAAGACGAAGAAGAGGAAGACACUGCAACGGCAGGAAAGAAGACGAGAAACAGGCGGUAA